CGAGCCAAUUAGCCAAACAAGCCUUCCAAUCAAGGAUUCUCACGGUAAAUACAGAUUCUUUCCUACACAUUCGGACCCUAUAUAUACCCCCGCCACCCACGUAUGUUGCUCGGGUCACUGAAAGCCGAAUCAUCGGAGCUCCGUUUCUCUUUCUAAAAUAAACUCUUUCUAUCUCACUCUCUCUCAUAAAUGGCGCUUCGGAAAAUUAUGCUGAAGCGACUUCAUGUCAGUUGCAGAGUUAUAACUCCGACUCUAGAACAUUCGCCAUUCAGUCCCUCUCCGUACUCGGAGAAAUUUACGGUACCCCCGAAUGCCGCAAAAUCAAACUCUCACCGGGAAUAUAUGUCAUCGCCGGAAUCAGGCGAGAAAGGCUUUUUUCGGCGGUUCUUCCACCGUCAGUCGGUGACGAAGCUCCCGGACUUCCUCACCCUGCCACUAAGGGAUAAACUAAGAGAGAGCCUCAAAGGCGUAAACAUUACGGGGGAUCGGCUGCGGAUCGACGACUUGCCGCCUCCGGUGCCAGUAAUCGGAGAUUCUCCGUUCGGUUUAUCAGUCCAGGACGCGAGAAAGCUGAUGAGGCUGGCGCAAGUUGAGAAGCUUAAAGCGAAGCUUAGAGAGAUACCGGAGAGCACGAUCUCGUACUCCGAUUUCGUUCAGAUCUGUGUGAACGAUUGCGGCAACGAAGAUCAAGGCGUUGAUUUUGCCAAGAUGUUAGAUCAGUCCGGAAACGUCAUCGUUUUAGGCAACUCGGUGUUUCUCCGUCCUGAGCAGAUUGCGCAAUCAAUGGAACGCGUGAUUUCCCAAUCGUUUGUUUCCCAAAAUGACCCUAGAAGAAAACAACUUGAACAAAUGGAGAACCAAAAGGCCUUGAUAGACAAAAAGGCCCGGGCUCUUGUCAGAGGUGAGCUGUAUUGUGGGCUGGGCUUUUUGACGGCCCAAUUAAUGGCAGCGAUGAGGCUUACUUUCUGGGAACUAAGUUGGGACGUCAUGGAGCCCAUUUGCUUCUUCGCCACUUCCCUUCACUUUGGCAUUGGAUACCUUUUCUUCCUCAAGACCUCAACGGAGCCCACAUUUGAAGGCUUCUUCCGGCGUCGUUUUGAGGCCAAGCAGAAGAAGCUAUUUAAGACCCACAACUUUGAUAUUGAGAAGUAUAAUGAGCUUGUGAAACUCUUCAACCCUAAAAGUCGCCAUGGCUUGGGAAGCUCACAGCAGUUUAAAUCCGACAACCAUGGAGGAAGUGGGUUUCCAUCGUUGAAAACAUGCUAGUUAUAGUUUUUAGUAUAGUGAAUGACAGAAAGAAAAGCCGUGGAGAUAGAUUUUUGAUGAUGACGACAAGCGUUAUGAACGACUGAUUUCCUUUCCUUCUAACUAGAUGAUGAAGGGAUGCAAACUUUUUUGGGCCACCGGUCUUUUUAAUCAAGCCCAUAAUUUGUUGUGUCAUGUCUGGCCUCACUUUAAAGGGUGUUGGGCCAUAGCUUGUAAAUUUGGAUUUUAGGCUUAGAACCGCAUACUCGAUGUUUUCAACAGUUGUGGGCUGGGGGUCUUAUCUUUGCUCCCAGGCCCAUAGUUGGUUGUUCCUUGCAAACAAUAUAGUAGUUGUUAACUUGGUAUUUUAGUGUAUUGGUCUUUUCGGUGGUA